AUGGUGGAUAUCUACAACUUCGAGAAAUACUUCCAAGUCCCUUGGCAAUGUCUGCCACCCCCAACAAGUAACCAGCACAAACAUACCAAACUAGGCGAGACUGCGCCUCACCCUAACCACACAUCGUUGGCAACAUCCGAAACCUUUGUGCUCACUAUCAUCUUUUAUGUCAAACACACUGCAUUGGCUCUACCUACUGCGCCGCUAAAUGGCCCACAGUUACUUAAACCUGGAGCUGUCAGUAAGGCAGCUGCUACUGCCCAAACUCGUUAUCAACUGGAAAUUGCAGGCCUCUCAAAUGAGACUAUCAAUGCGUUCAACGACAUGCGUGGGGAACCAGCUGAACAUGGUGAUGAUGACACAGCAUGGGUGGACUACGGAGACACAGAGAUUGAGCCACUUCCUGAGAAUAUGAACCACAACGAGACAAUUACACAUGCCAUCCGCGACUUUGUUGAUCACCUAUGGGGUUAUCACAAGCACCAUGAUGGCUGUACAUGGCAACAUCAGCUUCAAUCUAUCAAUGCCAACUGGGCACCAUUGAUUCCAACACUCGUGAACACCUAUCUUACGUGGAAUUCAUUACAAUUUGGCAUUUCUCUUCAACCACAGUGCCCCACUGCCCCAGAGUUGUCCUUCACUAUCCACAUUGUUGACAUAUUCACGGCCCUUGUAUCUGAAGGCUUCCUGGGUAACGCACCACACAACUCUUUGAUUGCAAUAUCACUAUUGCUUGCAGACACCUUUGACCUAUAUCUCACUAUUCUUCAUGAAAUUGAACGAAGGGUUCAAACAGUGCUUAACCAUGAUACUCCCAACUGGCAGGUACUCAAUGCAUGCCCUCCAUGCUCCUAUGAACUUGAUGAUGAGCCACCACUCAAAUACUCAUGUAUGUAUGUCAUGGAUGGUGGCAACUCUGCCAAGCACAUGGUGACUAUCGGUGACCGACAGUGUGGUGACACACAUAUUUAUGCCGAGAGUGAUUACCUACUCUCCUGUGUCUUCGUUGAUCACUUUGCAAAUGAAGUUCAGUCUCGCUCCACACUUGAUGGCCCUGACGAUCAUCCCAUCAUUCCAAAAGCUGAAGAAGAUGACUCUGUAGUCUCAAGUGCACAAGUUAUAGCUGAAGACUGCAGCAGAAACUGGAAAGCAGCUGCUGAUGAUGACAAGAAGAAGAUGUGGGCUAUCUUUGAUGAGACGAGUAUCUUUAUUGCUGCCUGCAGACACGGGAGCAUGUUAUGGUAUGCCAAUAUAAUUAAAAGUGUGAAGUACCCUCUAGCAAUAGUUGCCAAAAUACUGGAUGUCAUUGGGGAGCACACCCUUGGUGCCUAUGACAUUGGAUGUCCUGCUUUCAUGGAAAAGCAGUCACACUUGUGCAUUGACGCAUUUCAUGGCUAUGCACACAAUUACAUUUGCCAAACUCAACAUCACCCACUUGGCAUCGAAGGCGCUGGUCUGGAAGACUUCGGUGUUGCUGAGAGUAUUUUUAGUGCAUCCAAUGCUCUAGCGUCUGUAAUUCGCUAUGCCAGCCCUUACCAUCGCCAUGUGUUCUUAGAUCUAUUCUUCAAGCAGUGGGAUGAAGACAAAUACUCAAACCUCGGCACAAUGUUACUUAACAAUUACUGGCAAGCACAACAAGUGAUCUCGACAGAGACUAUCAUGUUGAGGGAAGCUAUGUCUUCUCUAGGCAUACAAGAAGAGGACCUCAUGAACUGGCGGUCAGAAGAGAUCCAGUACUUCCAAACACUUGGGAAGGAACCUGAGUGGGAUGUGCAUGCCAUUGUCUAUGUAGAGCUACUUCAACAGAUGCAAGAGCUUGAGUCUCAAGCAUCCGUGAGCUUUGCUCGCUUUGUUUCUUCUGCACUGGACAACUACCAAUUUUCUGCCCCCUCACAGACCAACUUCUAUUCUGUUAAUCUCUCCCAGACACCGAAAUUGGAGAUGCAGCGACACUACGCUACUGAACGACUCGCUUCGAUUCAACACAAUGUCAUUUCUAUGGAACCGAAGCUCAGUAUCGCAAAUUGGUGGUCCCCUUUAUCUGCAGAGUAUCAAGAAACUCUUACAUACAUGACACUAUGCAAGUAUCAUAAAGCACUGGAUAAUAUUCAGCAUCUUGUUGUGCAGCGGUUGUUCAAGUUGCAGAGACUGAAUGUCUCUCGAACAGCGAUUCAGAAUGCUGUCAAGAAAUACAACGAGGCUGCAUCUGAGCUACGGCCACCAUGGCCACCACUUGAGUGGAGCAAGGUCUCACACUUCAGCUUUCUCGACGAGUUCAACCUCCUUCAUGAAACUUGCCAAGACAUCUGCAACAAGCCAUGGACAAAGCCAGCAGUUCGUGAGACCAUGCGGCAGCAUCUCCACAUUCAACGUGCGAAGAAAGAGAUUGUCUACUGCAACAUUGAAGUGCGCCACCUGCAAACAGCAAUUGUUGUCGAGAAUGAGGAAUUCACAUGUGUCCUUGCAGCACUUGACGCUGCUAACUCACUGAUUUUUGUAGCUGUGAAAGAACACUCAAUUUGCCGCCAUCGUAUUAAUAGCCAAUUGUUAUCAUGCAUUAAUCAGACCCAUUCUCUUCCUGGAUUCAGCAGAGACAAGUCCUGUGGUGUUAGGAAAGGGACAAGCAGUGACCGAGCACCAUCAACUGUAGCACCAGCCCAGGGUGACUCGGAGCAGCCUCAGAGUGAUGACUCGGAAGAGGAUGCAUUUGAUGAGGAUGAUGGUGUGGAGAGGGACAUUGGGAUACUUGUAGAAUACCUGUCUGAUCUAGCACUGCAUCCUUGA